AUGUCUAAUAGCGUAGACACUCAAGGGAAUUCCCUAAGAAGAGACUCCAUAGCUCAUAUCAAUGGGAUGGGCGGUGUCUCGUGGGGCUCUUUGCCAAUCGGUUCAUGGUUGAAAGAUGAAGUAUCAUUCCAUAACACUUUGAAGCAUACUAGAAAUGAUUACCAACAUAAAAAAAUGGUACAAAUAGACUCUCACAAUGUUUACCUGCCGAAUUUGGAAAAACAGUAUUGUAAAGAUUAUUCAUGCUGUGGUUUGUCUUUGCCCUCUCUACAUGACUUAUUGCGACAUUACGAAGAAGCACACAUUUCAAUGUCACCGAAUAAUAACCAUAGUCAUAGCCAUAGCCUAAAUCACAGCAAUAAUAAUAGCCAUAAUCAUAAUAAUAAUAAUCAUAAUCAUAAUCAUAAUCAUCAUCACAGUAAUAAUAAUAAUAGUCAUAAUAAUAAUACUGCUACUGCCGCAAAUACCACCCCAAACCCUUUCAACCAAAAUAAGUUGUCGCAUCUAAAUAUAAUUCCCCAAGAUGUACCGAACAGUAGAAUCCAAGAUUCAAAAAAACCAGCACAUCUACAGCAAAAUCUACCGCAAAUGCAGAUGCAACAGCAGCAGCAUCAACCACAGCACCAACUUCAACAGCACCAUCAUGGCCAGUUGCAGCUGCAACAGCAACAGCAACAACAACAACAACAACAUCUGAUUCAAGCCACAAAUACAAUUCCACCAAUUCACUUAAAUGGAAGCCUUAUAGACGCUGUGUCAACAAACGAUGUUUUCCUAGGCCCAAACAAAAAAGGUUAUAACGAGAUGGCUACCAUAGUACCGUCAUCGACAUUACAUAACAACACCUCCGUGUAUCCUGCCAUGACCGUUGCCCCAUCACAAAUCCCACAACAUCAACAGCACAUAACUCAUAUCAAUGGCCAUCUUCAUCACCAGGAUCACAUAAGAAACAAUAACAAUUCUGCUGCAGUCAACAACAACAACAACAACAACGGCGGCGGCGAUGCUGAUGGUGAUGAUGAUGAUGAUGACGAGGAUGAAGACGAUGACGAUGAAGACGAUGACGACGAGGAUGAAGACGGUGCAGGCAAUGGUUAUGUUGCAAAACCACAAGAAGGAUACAUCGACGAUCCAGCAAGGAGACUAUACGUUAUGGACCACGAAGAACACAAACCGUUCAAAUGUCCUGUCCUAGGAUGUGACAAAACAUAUAAAAACCAAAACGGUCUAAAAUACCAUAAGUUGCACGGCCAUCAGAACCAGAAGUUACACGAAAAUCCAGAUGGUACCUUCAGCAUCCUAGAUCCAAACUCAAAUGAACCAUUCCCUGAUGGAAUGGGCAACGAGAAGGAUAAACCAUACCGAUGCGAGGUUUGUGGUAAACGUUACAAGAAUCUCAACGGUCUGAAAUAUCACAGAGGUCACUCUACUCACUAG